CGACAGUAUGAUAGAUGUGAUUUGUGCCCAGGCGCAAUAUUUUAGUGGUAUUCCUGGACGAUUUACAUACUACAAUACUAAUAAUUUUAUAGUAACAAAUUAUGCUUUUAUUUUAAAGUUCUCAAGAAAUAAUUUUUAUAACCUACUGGUUAAAAUAUUAUUUUGCUGAGCACUCAUUCACGAACGACAAAAGUAUAAAAUCGCACAGUAAUACAAGAAAUUUAGAAAUGGCAUCAGUUUCGAAAGAUGUUAAUGCUUAUCUUUCAGCUAAACAAACUUCAUCUCCAAAAGAAAUUGCCUCAGAAUGGGCUCUUCUCGAAGAAUACCACACCAAAAAGUUGUGGCAUCAAUUAACACUGAAAUUGGCAGCUUUUGUAAAAAAAGACCAUUUGCAGAAAGGAACAGAAUUAAUUGAACUCUACAAUAACUUUAUCCAGGGUUUUGAAAGCAAGAUAAAUCCCUUGGCUUUAGUUGAAAUAGUGUCACACAUAGUUGUUCAGUACUCUAAUCCGAAGGAAGCAUUGACUUUUCUCGAGAACAUCGAACCUAAAGUUGGAAGCAAUUCCGAUGCAGUUGCACUUAUCAAAGUCUUACAAGGAAAUAUUCUUUUGCAGCAACUUAAUGAUUUAGAAUCUGCUAAGAAAAUCAUAGAUGAUGUGGAGAAGAUAUUAGAUGAAGCCGAUGGAAUAACGACUGUGCAUGGUAGGUUUUAUCUCUUAGCGAGUAAAUAUUACCGGCAAAAAGGGCAUCAUGCUGACUACUACAGAACUGCACUUAGGUAUUUAGGUUGUAUUGAACUGUCAGAUUUGACUGAAAAUGAUAAAAUUCAGCACGCUUUCUUCCUUGGAUUAGCAGCGCUGUUAGGAGAAGGAGUCUACAACUUGGGUGAACUAUUGGCACAUCCUGUACUGGAUAGUUUGAAAGGUACUAGUAACGCAUGGAUCAUUGACUUGCUAUCGGCUUUUAAUUCCGGAGAUAUUGCCAAGUUUGAAUUAAUGAAACCUAAAUGGAGUGAAAUUCCUGAUCUAUUAGCGCAUGAGAUAAAGCUUCGUCAAAAAAUCUCCCUUCUUUGCUUAAUGGAGAUGACCUUUAAAAGAGCGUCCAACAAACGAGACCUAACCUUUGUAGAAAUUUCGCAAGCGACAAGGCUGCCAAUUGAAGAGGUAGAACUGCUGGUAAUGAAAGCCUUAGCGCAGGGUCUCGUCAAAGGUGCAAUAGAUCAAGUUGGCCAAACUGUUCAUAUGACUUGGCUUAAACCCCGAGUUCUUAAUAAGCAACAGAUCUCAUCGAUGGUCGAUAGGCUAAAUGUUUGGUGUAAAGAAGUUCGAGAGAUGGAAAAUAUUCUGGAAACAAAAGGCCAAGAUUUCCUUACAUUAUAAGAUAACUUAUUUAAUAAUAAGAUUGGAAAUGUAACGAGGAUUAUCUCCUUUUCAUUUUGUAUCUAUUAUAGAUUUUUUUUAAUGUUAUUAAUUAAAUGAAG